AUGUCCUCUCAACCGUCUCGCAAUGGCGAGCGCGGCUACCACCAAGACUUUAUCGCCAGGAUUCGAUACUCAAAUGCUCUGCCGCCACCACCCAACCCUCCCAAGCUCCUCGACAUACCAAAUACCGGUCUCGCGAGCGGACAGUACACAACACCAGGCUUCGCUUCUCGACUUGCGAGAGAGCAGCCAUUGAACAUCGAGGCAGAUGCAGAACUCGGGAUGCCCAUCGACCUUGUGGGCAUGCCAGGUGUCUUCGAUGGCGAUGAGCACUCUAUCCAAGCGCCUGAUGUUCCACCUCCAGUCCAUCCCCACGAUCGUGUCCUCUUGCGCCCGCUGGCGACCCUCGGCAAACCUCAAGUCUCUGGCACUUCUGUCUCCUUCCUGCGCCGAACCGAGUACAUUUCCAACGCGAACACGAACAAAGCUAGUCCCUUCCGUCAGAUUCCAAGAAACAACGUCCAGCGGCCGCCCAAGAGGAAGUCGCCCGAACCUGAGGCUGGCACGCCGGCCGCCAUCAAGCGCAGAAUUGAGAAGGGCUUUGACGCGGCGCAGGUCAACUUGAAGGACCAGAGCCGGGUCAGGCACCCGACCAAGCCACUCAACUCCAGAAACAAGGGCCUCAGGGUGGUUGAGGCCUUCCCCGUCCUGCCAGACCUCGAGGCCUUCCCAGAUUCGGGCACUUAUGUUACAUACAAGUUUGCUCACCCGCCCAUCUCCCACACCAAGGCUGGCUAUGACAAGCGGCUCCUGAACAGUAUUCUGAAGUUCAUCGGCCGCAAUGAGGAGGAGGAUGCAGAGUUCAAACAGCGCAUGGAGGCACAUAUGGAGGAUCCAGCCAGCAACCCUAAGCCGCCGAACCAGAACCACUACGAGAUGUACUUGCCCGAGAAUCUAGACAUCUCGGAAAAGUUCCGCGGCAAAUUCGACCUGCGGAACUCUCACCGUGAUGACGAGAGCCUCAAUGUGUCGAAAGCGGUCAGCGCAAGUGGGCAGCCGUCCUUCAGCUUCCGCUGGGCCCGGUCAUACCUGGCAACCGUCGAGAGCGAGGGCAGCCAUGACACCAAGUACAAUGAGGAGAUCGCUUUUGCAAUCGACCCGAACGCCAAGACUGCUUGGUACUACCCUACGAUGCAGCGCAACAGAAUGGAACCGCCGCGGCGCAUUUACAACGCCGAUCGACACGAGAAAAAGCCGGUCGACGCAUACGAACUCACCCCCGAGGAUCCUAAUGAGGAGUUUAGGUCUAGAAUGGAUAAGUUCCAGCAGAUGCCUCAGUGGAACCCGGACAAGGAGGAGGAGGACACGAGGCAGGACGAUGAAGCCGCCUCGCAGAUCGAAGAUGGCGCCCCGCGACGUGAGCGGAGCGAGACACCUGCCGCAAAUGGCCGGAACUCGAGCGAGGACAGAAGGGUCGAGAGUGAGCAGGAUGCUGAAGGUGAUGAGGAGGAUUAGCCUGUCCUUCCCAAGAGGAAAAAAACUCAGGACGUUCCAGCGAUAGACUUGAGUGCAGAUGAUGCUCACGGAUUCAGCACUAGCGCAAACAAAAUGCAAUUUUUUCAUGGAUUUACCAUCA